AUGUCUGAGGCGCCGCCCUGCCCCAGCGACAAGGCGCCAAGCCCUGGAUGCAGGUUGAAGACACUGUACUGGGCAUGUGCCCACAAUGACCUCGCCGAGCUCCAAGCCAGGCUGGACGCUGGCGUGUCCCCAGAGGAGGCCUCCCACGUGGACAGCAACGGGAGGACAGGCCUCAUGGUCGCGUGCUACCAUGGCUUUGGCUCCAUCGUGGCUCUGCUCAGCUGCUGUCCUUUCCUGGAUGUGAACCAGCAGGACAAAGACGGGAACACGGCCCUCAUGCUGGCUGCUCAAGCAGGUCACAUGUCUCUGGUGACUCUCCUGCUCAACUAUUUUGCUGGCCUGGACCUGGAACGCAGGGACCAGCGGGGACUCACAGCUCUGAUGAAAGCUGCCAUUCGGGACCGCUCUGAGUGUGUGGUUGCCCUCCUAAUGGCAGGCGCUGACCUGGGCUCCGUGGAUCCUGUCCGGGGCAAGACAGCCUUGGAAUGGGCCGUUCUGACUGACAGCUUUGACACUGUGCGGAAGAUCCGGCAGCUGCAGAGGCGGCCCCAGGCAGAGCAGCUCAGCCUGCACUACCAGCCAGAGUGGCCAGCCUUGGCCCAACUUGUGGCCCAGGCCCAGGCUCAGACUCCCCCAUCCCUCCUAGAAAGGCUGCAGGCUACUCUGAGCCUCUCUUUUGCUCAGUCUCCACAGGAAGGGGGUGUCCUGGACCACUUGGUGACUGUCACCACCAGCUUGGCCAGUCCCUUCCUGACCACUGCCUGCCACACACUAUGCCCCGACCGCCCACCCAUGCUGGGCACUCGAGGCAAGUCAGUACCAGAGCUGUUGGGUACUGCCCCUCCACCUCCCCCAGCACCCCAUCCUCCUCAGGAAGUCCCUGUCCCCCAGGUCUUUGCCCCGUACCAGAGCCCUCAGAGUAUGCUCUCCCAGUGGUUACAGGCUAGGGACAGUACCAGCACCAGGUCCCGAGUCCCUAAGAUCCUCCUCUCUAAAGUACCUUCCCCCUCUACGCAGUAUGAGUUGAUACUCAGGCCUCCAGGGCAGCAAAGCCUGGCUCUGCCAGUCUGGAGAUUCCAAGAGAAGAAGAAGGAGGAGGAAAAGGGAACGGAACCAUCAGGAGCAGGCCUAGGCCAAGCCAGAGUCAAGGGAGCCGCAUUCCUGUCUGGGGCCUCUUUCUGCUUCCCAGCUAUCUCUGCCAGUGGGAACCUGCUUCUACCAAGUACACACAAGGUUGUCCACAGCAGUGUCUGCAGCAGAGACGGGACCAAGCCAGUGUCUGCCGGCAGGGGACUGACUGGCUACAGUGGUUAUGCUGUUAAUACCCUCACACUGUAUUCUGUGUAG